AUGAGGGUUCUCAGCUCUGUCAGAUGGCUUAAUUGCCGUCUGAUCUCUGAUUCUUCGAGAGCCUCCGCCGGGUUCCGUGAUUUUAAGGUCGCUGGAGCGCCUUUCAACGCCCGGCGCGCAUUCAGCCAGUCCAGCACCCGCCACGGAGCGGCGCAAGAUGCUCUGAAGAAGGCGCAAGAAGAUGCUGCCAGUCUGACACCCGAGUACGUCGCCGCCAACAUGUCCGGCGAGGAGGCUGCUCGCCUCUCCCGAGUGCGAAACAUUGGUAUCGCCGCGCACAUUGACUCCGGCAAGACGACUGUCACCGAGCGCGUUCUAUUCUACACCGGCCGAAUCAAGGCGAUCCACGAAGUCCGCGGCAAGGAUUCUGUCGGCGCCAAGAUGGACUCUAUGGAUCUCGAGCGAGAAAAGGGCAUUACGAUUCAGUCCGCCGCGACCUUUUGCGACUGGAAAAAGACGGAAGACGGAAAAGAGGAGACCUACCACUUCAACCUGAUUGACACCCCCGGCCAUAUCGACUUUACCAUCGAGGUUGAGCGUGCCCUGCGCGUCCUCGAUGGCGCCGUCAUGAUUCUGUGUGCUGUCAGCGGCGUCCAGUCGCAGACCAUUACCGUCGAUCGCCAGAUGAAGCGCUACGACGUCCCCCGUAUCUCCUUUGUCAACAAGAUGGACCGCAUGGGCGCGAACCCCUGGAAGGCCGUCGAGCAGAUCAACACCAAGCUCAAGAUGCCCGCCGCCGCCAUCCAGAUCCCCAUUGGCGCCGAGGACGAGUUCCAGGGCGUCGUGGACCUGAUUGAGCGCAAGGCCAUGUACUUUGAGGCGCCCCGCGGCACCAAGAUCCGCAUCGAGGACAAGAUCCCCGCCAACCUCCAGGAUCUCGUCGAGGAGAAGCGCCAGGUCCUGAUUGAGAAGCUCGCCGAUGUCGACGACGAGAUUGCCGAAAUCUUCCUCGAGGAGCAGGAGCCUACCAUUGACCAGAUCAAGGCUGCCAUCCGCCGCGCCACCAUUGCCCGCAAGUUCUCGCCCGUCGUCAUGGGCUCCGCCCUCGCCGACAAGGCGGUCCAGCCCAUGCUCGACGCCGUAUGCGACUACCUGCCCAACCCGGGCCAGAUUGAGAACACGGCGCUCGACAAGCUCCGUGACGAAAAGACGGUCAAGCUCGUGCCCUACAACUCGCUCCCCUUUGUCGGCCUCGCCUUCAAGCUCGAGGAGAACAACUACGGCCAGCUCACCUACAUCCGCGUCUACCAGGGCACCCUCAACAAGGGCACCUACCUCUUCAACAGCCGCACCGACAAGAAGGUCCGCAUUCCUCGCAUCGUCCGCAUGCACUCCAACGAGAUGGAGGACGUCAGCGAGGUUGGCGCCGGUGAAAUCUGCGCCGUCUUUGGCGUCGACUGCGCCUCUGGCGACACCUUCACCGACGGCGGCCUGCCGUACACGAUGACGUCCAUGUUUGUUCCCGACGCCGUCAUGUCUCUGUCCAUCAAGCCGAAGCGCACCACCGACGCCGACAACUUCUCCAAGGCCAUGAACCGCUUCCAGCGCGAGGACCCGACGUUCCGCGUCCACGUCGACGCCGAGAGCGAGGAGACCAUCAUCUCCGGCAUGGGCGAGCUCCAUCUCGAGGUGUACGUCGAGCGCCUCAAGCGCGAGUACAAGACCGAGUGCGUCACCGGCCAGCCCCGCGUCGCCUACCGCGAGACCAUCUCCCGCCACGCCGACUUUGACUUUCUCUUCAAGCGCCAGUCGGGCGGCCCUGGUGACUACGCCCGCGUCGUCGGCUACAUCGAGCCCAACGACGACCCGAGCGAGAACUUUUACGAGAGCCAGGUCGUCGGCGGCACCAUCCCCGACAAGUUCCUCACGGCCUGCGCCAAGGGCUUCGAGCUCGCGGCCGACAAGGGCCCGCUGCUCGGCCACCGCGUCAUCGGCACCCGCAUGAUCAUCAACGACGGCGCCACCCACGUUACCGACUCGUCCGACCACGCCUUCAGCCUCGCCACGCAGAUGGCCUUCCGCAAGACCUUCCCCGAGGCCGGUGGCCAGGUGCUCGAGCCGCUGAUGAAGACGACCAUUACCGCGCCCAACGAGUUCCAGGGCGCCAUUCUCAUGCUCAUGAACAAGCGCAACGCCAUUGUGCACGACACCGACAUUGGCACCGAGGACUUUACCCUCACCUGCGACUGCAGCCUGAAUGCCAUGUUUGGCUUCAGCUCCCAGCUGCGCGCCGCCACCCAGGGCAAGGGCGAGUUCAGCAUGGAGUUUAGCCACUACGCCCCCGCGCCACCGCAUCUGCAAAAGGAGCUGGUGGCCAAGUACGAGGCUGAGCUCGACGCGAAGCGUUCAAAGUAA